UGCAAAGAUGGCGGUGGCAGGGAGGAAUACACUAUUAUCGGCUAGUUCCAAUGUUCAAAACAGCACCGCAGAUAACCCGACCACGGAGGAGGAGGAUGGACAGAAUCUCUGGUCAUCCAUAUUGAGUGAAGUAUCAACGCGUUCACGGUCCAAAUUGCCAUCCGGGAAAAAUGUUGUGGUUAUGGGUGAGGUGGGUUGCGGUAAGACCACGUUGGUGGCUAAACUGCAAGGGGUAGAGGAAUACAUGCGAGGGCGUGGAUUAGAAUAUCUAUACUUCAGCGUACACGAUGAAGACAUCGACGACCACGCGCGGUGUAACGCCUGGGUCUUGGACGGCGACCUGUACCACAAGGGCCUCCAGAAGUUCGUCAUGUCGGCCGAGAGCCUCCCCCACUCGGUGGCGCUGCUGGUGCUGGACCUGUCGCGGCCCUGGCUGGCCCUCGACUCCCUGCACAAGUGGGCCAGCGUCCUGAGGGAACACAUCGACAAGCUGCACGUACCGCCCGAAACCAUGCGCGAGCUGGAACACAGACUGGUGAAGCAGUUUCAGGAGUACGCGGAGCCCGGUAGUGACCUGGAGGUGGGGACACAGAGACGCAACGCCGAGCAGGAGGAGGAGAGCGUUCUACUGCCCCUCGGAGACAACACACUCACACACAACCUGGGACUACCCAUAGUGGUGGUCUGCACCAAGUGUGAUGCCAUCAGUACCCUUGAGAAGGAGCACGACUACAGAGACGAGCAUUUAGACUUCAUCCAGUCGCACAUCCGACGCUUCUGCCUACAGUACGGGGCGUCUCUGCUCUACACGUCCAUAAAGGAGAGCAAGAACCUGGACGUGCUCUACAAGUACCUGGUGCAUCGCCUCUACGGCUUCCCCUUCAGCCUGCCCGCACAGGUGGUGGAGAGAGACGCAGUCUUCAUUCCAGCAGGGUGGGACAAUGAGAAGAAGAUCUCCAUCCUCCAUGAGAACUUCCAGACGCUGAAGGCAGACGAUGUGUUUGAGGAGGUCAUAGUCAAACCGCCCGUCAGAAAGUUUGUUCACGAGAAGGAGGUGCUGGCGGAAGAUGACCAGGUGUUCCUCGUCAAACUACAGUCGCUGUUGGCUAAGCAACCACCAGUCACAGCAGGCAGACCUGUGGACCCGACCAACAGAGCGCCGAGUGGCUCCCCGCGCACGAGUAACCGGUCGUCCGCUGCCAACGUGGCCAACGUGAUGCCCAUGCAGUCAGGUACCAAGAAGAUCGAUCCCAACAUGAAAGGGGGCCAGACUAGCGAGGGCGUGCUAGUGAACUUCUUCAACAGUCUGCUGACGAAGAAGGCGGGGUCUCCCGGACCAGGCGGCCAACCAGCAACCGGCAGCAGCACACCUGGCACUGUCAGGAAGUCAGGUUCGAAGCUGGGUCUGACGGACGUGCAGGCGGAACUCGACCGCAUCUCCAGCAAAUCAGAAAUGGACACGGGCAACUCCAGCCCGCCCCCCGCAGAGAACGACCAAUCAUGAGCAGGGAGAGCCAUGACAUCAUCAUCGUCUUCAUCAUCAUCAUCAGCACAUCAUCAUGCCCCACCCACCCUCCUGCUUCACUUCCUGCUUUUCCUGUCACUGGUCAUAUUAAGCCCCUCCCAUCGCCAUCUUAACUCCUCCCCCUCUGUACCAAACCCCUCCCCCUUCUCUUCCACACCUGCGCUUGUGCUUUCAAGAAAACUAAACAACAGCUGCAUGCUGUGAGGACGACCUCUCUCUCGAGCACGCAAACACACACACACACACACACACACACACACACACACGCAAACACACACACACACACACACACACAGUCUGACGCCUGCGAAAGCACACACAAACAUUUUGCAAACUCCGAAAUACAGAUAACACUACAUUUACAAACACUAUACACACACACACACACACACUUACAAACUUUUCUUUGUGGCCUGGUUGUUUGUCUCUGUCUGUGUGUGUGUUGAUGGGAGGUGUGGGUGGGUGUGUGUGUGUGUGUGUGUUGGGCUGUAUGUUGUUAUUUUCAUGUGUAGACUAAGUUUGUCUCGAGGAGUCUCUCGCUCAUAACGAGUUACUUUGACCAGACUCUUUCCUUUUUGGGGGGGGUUAAAGGGGAGGUGGUGGGGUUACCUCUUAAGUGUGUGCGUGUGUGUCUGUGCGUGUGUCUGUGCGUGUGCGUGUGCGCGUGCGCGUGUGUCCGGGAUCAGUCAAAUGGCGUGCGUGCGUGCGCGUGUAUGUUAUUGAAAGACAGGAUGACAGGGCCAGUCUCUCAUUUUGUGUGAGGUUUUUUUCCUGUUUGUGUGAGUGAUGGACUCUGUGUGGGCUUUUUUCUGUGUGGGUUUGUUGCGUUGAAGUUGAUCAUUGUAGAACAGCUCUCUAAUCUGUCACUUACACACACACACACACACACACACAUUACCUCUCUCUCUCUCUCUCUCUCUCUCUCUCUCUCUCUCUCUCUCUCUCUCUCUCUCUCUCUUUCUGAUAUGACGGCUGCCUGUGGUGUUGAGACAGGUCUGAGACAGGAUCUGGUAUCGUUUGUGCUUUAUUAUUAAUUAUUACGGAUUAUUAUAAUUCUAAUUAAUGUUGUUAAUAUUAUUUAUGGGCUGUAGGCAGUAUUCGGAGGGCAUGAUGUCCUUGGUGGGGAAGGUGAAAAGGUCAAAGUGUCAUUUCAAAGGUCAAGGGUCAUAUGUUGGCUAACAGGAAGUGACGAGCAUUGACGAGCGCGGGGGAGGAAAUGAAUCUGAUUGGAGCAGUUUGCGGUUUCCUAAACAUAAAUGAACAUAUUAAACAUUGGUCCCAUUGCAGAUGCUGCAUGCUGCACAUCUGCUAUGCAGUCACAUUGCGUUCUGGGGUGCAUUUCUGGAAAGCGUAGUUAGCAGUUAGCAACUUCUGUAUGCCAAUGGGAAAUUACAUGGCAACCAACAAAGUAGCUAACAUAGUUAGCAACUACGCUUUCCAGAAACUCACCCCAGGUUAGAAAUUCCUUACCAGGGGUGCGUUUCUUGACAACAUCGUUGCUAACCAAGUUAGCAGCUUACUUGUGGGGAGCAUCAUUUAUGUAUCUCAGGUGGUGGUGGUGAGCUGAGAUGUGCUGUGCUGGCACUUAACUGCCCCUUCUGUGAUUCUCCCCCGCUGCACAGGUCAUAGGGUCAAAGGUUAUAAAAGGGUCAUGGUUGGGAAGGGCCAAAGGAAGUCGUUUUUGGGGGAUGUUGACUCGAGUCGUUACCCUGGCAAAGGGUUGUUUUGGAGGCUGAUGGAUUGAGACGUUUACCAUGGUAGUUGAGAUGUUUACCAUGGUAGUUGAGACGUUUACCUUGGUAGUUGAGACGUUGACCAUGGUAGUUGAGACGUUUACCUUGGUAUUUGAGACGUUUACCAUGGUAGUUGAGACGCUCAGAGGCUGUUGGUUUGGUCGGGUCAAGGAGAGGUGAGGAGAUGUUAUCGUCAGAGUUGUAUAAAGUAGAAGUACUCUUACAGAUGUGAUUACAACACUAGUAGCAUGAUAUUGCAAAGUCAAAACCAUGUAAUGGCAUAUUAUUAGUGUUGUGUAAUUAUAUCUUUAAGAGUACUUCUACUUUAUACAACUCUGGUUGUCGUGACAACAGGCUGUUGGGUGGCUAUUGAUUGGUCGAGGUGACUUGAGAAGAUGUUGUCAUGGCACCGACAGCCUGUUGGUUGGUCAUGGUCGAUAAUUCAAACCGCGUUCGUUUAUGGUGCUGCGUGCUGCAUCAGUGUGGUUUCGGAUUUGGUGAUCUCUGUGAUCAUCACAAAUGUGGCGGUUGUCAUGGUGAUGAUGUCCAGCCAUCCAGAGCUGUACAUUAAUGGUGUAUGUGGGACAACUGUAAUACACAUUUGAAAUGAUCUCGCGGGCCAAAUAAAAUGGCUCCGCGGGCCAAAUUUGAGCUUAGAGCUUCCGCACACCGGCUCCGACAAAGUGUUGAGCUCUGCUCCCCAAAAGUUCGAUUCCAUUGUUUUCAAUAGAACCCCACACACUGGCACCGAUGUCUGCGGACAUUCGCGGAUGUCGGAUAGAGAUUAGAGACAAGUUCUAUUUUGCCUGCGCUGCCCAUUGACUAUCCAUGCUAUGUUCAUGUGAAAUUGGGUUUGGGGGUCGGAAUUCUGUUGGAAGCGAAAGUGCUCCGCAGUGCUGUCGGAGCCGGUGUGCGGAAGCCCUUACAGUGUGCAGAGAACAUAACAAGGCAGCACCGGGGCAGCUUAGAGACAGGUUGGAUGGGUAAGAGAAGGACCCGAGGAUACUAGGGGUGCAUCCCAAUAUGUGACCUUGCCUCCUCCACUUGUGCUUGUCUCCUCAUCCUGCCUCCUGCCCCCUCCUCCGUGGAGAAAACGAUAGUUUCCCAGCUGUCAGCCUCGCCACAACAACUUUUGAGGGACUGUUUUUCAUUCACCAUCCCAAUUGCAAACGAGAAAAAGACUUUACAAUUGAGCUUUUGCAAGAUAUUGAAAUAUAAUGCUGUUGUCAGUGAUGUCAUCAUGACGAGAAGCAAGUGGAGGAGGCAAGGUCGCAUAUUAAAACGCACUCUAGGUGUGUACUGUGCAGGAGGUAGAGAGAGAGAGAGAGAGAGAGAGA